AUGUUAAUAGAAUUAUAACUGCAUUAAUGGAUUAGAGACAAGGUGUGUCCAAAAAUAGUUGAAUAAUAAUAUCUGUUCAAAGCAUUAGAUCAAUAAUGCUGUGAUGAAUAUUGUAAUGAUCAUGAUAAUGUAUGUUCAAUUAUUUUUCGUCAAGAUAAUACAACAUCGGUUAAGAAUUAUGAAAUAGGGUAUAAAACGAAGGAUUGGUUUAAUAGAUUUUAAUUAUUAUUUUUUAUUUUUAUUCUAACCAUGAAUUACAUAGGGAAGACAAUUACUAUAGCACAUGCUAAGAGCUAUCAAGAAUAGAAUUAGAGAAACUUUAGUUUACCAGAAUAGAUUAAGUUGAGAAUUGCUUUGAUCUAACUUUAAAUUUCAAAUCAUCAGAUAGAUACUCAUUUUAUAUCCUUUAUUAGAUUAAGAGGUGGUGGAAGCUGUUUGACAAAAACGUCCUCGAAUAAGAUUGAUGUUUACCCUAAUUUCCAAUAAAUUCCUGAAGGGUUCGUAACCUAAUUAUCAACAUUUACAAAAAUAAUUUCUGAAAAAUCUUUAAGUUUUUAAGAUAAAUUGAAUCAGGAUGAAGUACUUGCUGCAUUUUGUUGGUUUUAAAACAAUAAAUUAGUAUUUCAUAUUCUUUGUAUUUAUUAAUCUGAAACUACAAAAAAUUAUUAAUUGAUAGAAAAAAUUACAGGAUAAUUAAUGAAAUAAUUACUUAUUUAUAUUAAGCUAUCAGGCUUUCUUUUUCAUUAAUUACUAUAAAUUUGUAAUGAUUUGUUGAGAAUAAUAUUUUCUUAUUAAUUAAAGAAUGAAAAUGGAUACAUGUAGAGUAAAAUAAAAAAGGAGUUUUUAGAAACUAUCGAAGAAGUUUUUUCUCAAAUUUAAGUAGAAGCAGCCAGUAUUUGGCUGAAUGGAGUUUAAUUCGAGUGGUAAAUAAUGAAAACAUGUGUAUUGCAUCUUAGGAGUAAUUCUGAAGAUAUCUAGCUAUUAAAAAAAGGAAUUUUUAAAGGGAUAUGUCAAUCCAUAUUUGAACAAAAAUUGAGCGUAAAGUUAGCUUUUUCUUUAUUUGAUAUGGUAAAGUUUAUCGUGUUGAAUAUCUACGAUAAAUCCAUACAAUAUCCUAUUAAGGUAUAUGAAGUUUAUUAUUAUUUCUAAAAUCUUACAUGGUCUAUAGUAUUUCAAUUAAAAUAAAAUAAUUCUUCUAUUCAGGAUAUUAGAGAAUAGAUUCAAGACGGAUAUUCAAGAUCUAUCAAACUAAAUAAGGAUUGGAAAUUUCAUUAUUUUUGGGUCAAUUUGAUAUCAGAUAUUAUGUGCUAUAGACCAAUUUUAGAUAAAAAUGAAAUUACAUUAUUAUUAUAAUCAAAAACUGUUGAUUAAAAUACUUUGAAUUAAUCCCUAAUUAAGUUACCGUAUAGUAAGUUUGACCAUAAGCUGAAAUUAUUGGCGAAGCAUGAUAUUGGAAGUUAUGAAAGUUUAAAAUUGUUUUAAAAGUACUUGAUUCAAAAUUAAAGUGAUAUUUAACUUUUGCCAAAUUACAUCAGUUUUAAUUUCAACGCUAAAUAGGAGGAACAAUUUAAAGAUGAGGAUCUUUUUAUUAAAUCAAUAACUAAUCAAUCAAACCUAGAAAUCUUAAAAAUAUUAAUGAAAUAAGUAAAAUACUAAAAUGACCAGAUAGUUAGUAAUUUUGAAAAGUCUAAAAAUUAAUUGCCUGAGCUUGAUUCAAAGAUGAAAAGUAACGACCAUAUGUAAAUCUAACUCUUUGUACAUGAACUAAAAUUUCGAAUGAACCAAAUUAAAUAAUCAAGCCUGCUGUUACUAUGUUUAAUUAAUUAUAUAAUUUUAAUUGUAAAUAAGGAACGUUAAAUAAAUGAAAUAGUGUUAAAGAUCCUUUAAGGAGAAUAAUUUCAGAUUUAAGAUUAAAACUCAAAGAAUUUAAAGGAAUAAAUAGAAAAUGCCAUAAAAGUCAUUCAUGAUGGACAAGAAAAAGAAUUAAAGGAUAUUUUACAGAAUGUUUCUUAGUUUUGGAUCUAAAUUUCUCAAUAUACAUCUCUCUCACACAUAGAAUUAAUCGAGGAGAACCUUGAAUUUGAACGAUCUCUUUAACAAAAAUUAGGCAAGACUAUCAUGUCUUUUAAUAACAUAUAUAACUAUCUCAAUAAAUUUCAUAUAUAGAUCUCUAAUAUAAAGGGAAAUUUCUCACGUUUAUUAGAAAAUUCAGAGCUAAAUCGUGUUUUGAACAAAUCAUUAAACUAAAUAAAUCUAGUAGAAAUUAUUACAUCGUUGUUUAAACCUUAAUUGAUUUUAGAGUUAAUAAAAGAUAGUUUUGAAUAUUAUCAAAAACAAUUUUAAGAAAAUAAAGAAAUCGAAAAUUUAUAAAUAGAAAAUAUAUUCAUCCAAAAUAUCUAAAUUGAAAAUAAUAACUAAAUUGAAAACCUAUAAAUCAAAAAUAUAUAGGAUAUUCGGAAAAUUCUAAUAUUCAUUCAUUCAAACAUCAAUAUUUGUAAGGGAUUAGAAACGAUUCUUAAAUAGCACUAAAACAUCGUAUCAUCAAUAUAAGCAUAACUUUAAGGAGUAUUUGAUUAAAUAACUGUUAAAUAAAAUACUUGUAUUGAAUAAAUUACAAUAUUUAUUAAGAAAGUGAGGGAUUAACUGCAGCAAUUAAUUCAAAAAUAUUAAAGUUAAGAACUCACAGAAGAAUAAUUAGCAGAUUUCAACAUUAUAUCAAAUCAAAUUAAAGAAGAAAUUAAUAACAUAUGA